GUUUAGAUGUUCAAUAGUUAUACGGUAGUUUCCCCUGGUUACCCCCUUUUAAUUAGAGCCCGAUAUACCACUCUCAUGUCUUAGUAGUCAACCCACCGCUUUCUACUCGGUAGAUGGGGAUAGUUAAAACUUCUAUUCCAUCCCAAGUUCAAAUGUUCAUCGUACGGUGUCACUACCAAGUGCCAUUUCACUAAUCGUGAUCGUACCAUACGCUUACAAGAUUGUCUCACGGAUAGUAAUAACGCUUCUUGACGCGAGUUCAACCAUCCGCAUGUUUCAGUAUAGACCUAAGUCAUACCUUGUAAUCUCCGUCAACUCCCAUUGUGCGACACAAGCGUCGUGGUGCUUGGAGCAAACCUACUCGUCUGAAGCUUUGGUAUACCCUUCUUUUAGUACAAAUCAAUGCCUGUGCCACUAGUAUUAGCAAUAGCUUCAAAUUGAAAUGCCCCGCUAAUCUGGGGAUCAUGCGCGUAGAGGGGAACAAGUAGGACAGGACGGCUUAAGAUCUACCCAGAUGAGAUCAGUCAAGGUAUUAUAAAGAACGGCAGUCCUGAUGCCCCCCCAUCUAAGCUGCUUCGGCCUGUAUAUCCGGCUAUACUACGUCCCCUCCUCCAAGUCACUCGUUCACAAUGGCCAUAUACUGGCUUCUGUCACUCGUUUGCCUACUGACACCCCUCUCAUCCGCCGCACAGGGCUAUUCAGGCGGUGGUCUUGCGGACGAAACCGUUACCAAGAGCGUCACUGAGACUAUCACGAAAUAUCUAUCUCAAUGCGGUACAUUGGAAACUCCGUCUCAUACUCCAGAUAUAACACUAUCCGGAACCACUACGCUUACGAGCUCCCUCCAAGCAACCACCUUUGUCACAAUAAUAUCCAAUGUGACCAACCACUCGGAAGCUGCUCCUAUCGGUUCUACCCUCUCCCAAUCGGACAGCACGCUUCGUACUCCUAAUAUCACACCCACGGCUCUUACAACGGAAAGCAGUUACCCCGCGUCCCAUUACUCUUCAACUCAUGCCAAUACCACGAAGAUACCUUGCUCAACUUCGACUUCGACUCUCUUAGUCCCAGUCCCCCCCGGUUCAUCUUCUCAUUCUACGCCUUGUACCACAUCGUUCCGUAGCACGUAUUCUACGUCAGCACCGACUACAUCACCAACCCAGAUACCAGUUAGUGGAUCGGCUAGACUUAGGGGAGUCGUAGCUACGCGGAAAUUCCUAGGGGUAUUAACUAUAGUCUCCGUAUUAAUUGCGGGCUUUCUAUGAAAGAAGCCAUGCUGUAAUGAGAGAUGGCUACGGUUGACUCACUACGUUCUCGAUGCUUACGGAGCCCUGGGCAUGCUCAUGAACUUGCGCCUAUGUUCUCUAAGGCGAUGUUUAUGUAACGACAGCAGGCCUGAUUCUGGCCACGGGGGGCUAAUUAAAAAUUGGUUUCGUUAGUUAAUCUCUUCUAAGUAGUUCUAGUAAUAGAGGUACAAUUUGGAUGGUUUUCUGGAAGUAAAGAACAUUAUAUCGUCCUG